AUGCCAAAUCGAUUCCGGAGCAAGCUGGAGAAUGCUGGAAGAAAGACAGGCAAUUGCCUACGGACAGUGGUCUGGCAGACCUCCAAAUGCCUCAUGUGGACAGCUUGCGCGCCUUGCAUCUGUUGCUUGCUAGUGUUUCUGAGCCCUGGACGACAUGGAAGAAGACGAAAUCUCUCGCACGAAAUAGUACUACCAACGAUGCCCACGCCUCGCAGACGCGCCCUUUCCAUCUCAGGGGAUUUACAAGAGGACCAAAAGACGCUGGCCCAGCCUCGCUCAGCGCUUUUGAGCAAAUUACCUUUGGAGAUUCGGCGGAUGAUCUACAAGAUGGCUCUAGGAGAACAGACAAUACAUACGUCAGUUCUGGAUGGGAAGUUGCUUACGCGAAAAUGUACACUUCGAAACUGCCUUUGCUACAUGCCUUGUUCACCCAGCCAGAAGCUGCAAUUGGCACUCCCUCUUUUAAGGACGUGUCGGCAAAUCUAUUCUGAAGGUAUUGAGUACCUCUACAAAAGCAACCAGUUCUUCAUGUCCACCGACUUGGAAGAUUUUCCAACAGCAGGCUAUCUCUGCUACUUCUUCCAGCCCCAACGUAUCGUGCAAAUCAGCAAUCUCACUAUCGAAUGGGACCUUGACCGCAACCAAUACUUCCAGGUCAACUUGAUGCCUGCUCAUCACCGAGUUGAGUGGUACAGGUUGUGGGAUGGGCUGAGCAAGAUGACCAGUCUCAAGAGAUUACAUAUCAAACUGUAUUUCUGUCUCGACCUAUGGCAGGGAUGCUAUGGUGAAUUCUGGGAACAGAACAGCAAGGAGAUUCUGCAGCCCAUCAAGAAAAUCACGACUCCAAGGGACUUUGUCAUCACCCUCCCGAAUUGGCGAUGCUCGACUGCGAUCGAUGUUGGCGAUACCAAUUGCCGCGCCCUGACGCGUCCUGACGCGUCCAGGAACAGUUCUUGGACGAUCCUAAUUACAAGGAUGGCAGCUUCUCGCGCAUGGCUCUUAAGUGUUACGAAGGCUCAUAAGAUGUAUGGUGCUUUUCUUAACUCAAGCCGAGAGGUUACAACGACCUCGCAAAGGCCAAUCGAAUCAAGAAAAGGCCAAAGUUACCGCCUGGUCGGAGUGCAAGACUCUAAGAAGCAAAACGCAGCCAAGACACAACGCGACAGUGACGCACAGGAACCAUGCACCCAAGCACCCACCAGCGGCUUGAACAGGUCUUGCUCCGCCCGCUGUGCCGGCGCGCAUCUGCUCACGAUGCGCUCUUUCAUUGCUACCUCAGUCCUGAUCGGACUCGCGUCCGCUGCCGCUGUACCUGUUGUUGCGCCCCGUGGCGGAGACGGCUAUGGUCAUGGUCAUGGGCACAGCAAGUUCAAUGUCCAAGUCGGCGUCCGGCCUUACUAUCUCGUCGACAACAUGGACGAGAGUCCGUUGAAGGAGAAGCUGGAGAGCUGCUCGGAGCAAGAGUUCAAGACCUCGGACUUUGUCCUUGCGCAUCGUGGAGCGCCGCUUCAAUUCCCUGAGCACACUCUCCAGAGUUACAAGGCUGCCCAUCGCAUGGGUGCUGGCCUGAUCGAAUGCGAUGUUGCGUUCACAAAAGACAAGCAGCUUGUCUGCCGCCACGCCCAAUGCGACUUGCACACCACGACAAACAUCCUCAACACUACCCUCGCCGAAAAGUGUACGACCCCCUUCUCGCCCGCCGCCAAUGGCACUGCUGCGUCGGUCAAGUGCUGCACCUCGGAUAUCACCCUGGAAGAGUUCGGUACUCUUUGCGGCAAGAUGGAUGGCUUCAACCCCAACGGCACUACGGUAGAGGAAUACAUGGACGGCACACCCUACUUCCGCUCGGACCUAUACGCGCAAGACUGCCCCAAGCUCAUGACGGUCGACGAAUACAUUCCCUUGGUCGACAGCUGGGGUCUGAAGUACGCGCCCGAGCUCAAGACACCCGAAGUUGAGAUGCCUUUCGAUGGAUACACACAGGAAGCGUAUGCUCAAGAUCUAGUCGACAAGUUCCGCCAGUACGAGAUCGACCCGAGCCGUGUUUGGCUGCAGUCCUUCCUGCCGGAUGACGUAUUCUACUGGAUCGACAAUGAGCCUGAAUUCGGAAUCCAGGCCGUGUAUCUCGACGAGCGCGUUGAUACUCCGGAAGGUUACGCCAAUGCUACCGCUAGCAUACCUGAGCUCGCUGCUCGUGGCGUGAAGAUUAUGGCGCCCGCUAUGUUCGCUCUGACUAAGUUGGACGACGACGAGAAGAUUGUGCCUUCCGAGUACGCAAUCGCUUGCCAGGAACACAACUUGGACAUCAUCGCGUGGUCCUUUGAGCGCUCUGGAUGGCUGCAGGUUGAUGGCGGUGGUUAUUACUACCAGUACGUUGCCAACCGCACCAACAACGAUGGCGACAUGUACGACGUACUCGAUGUGCUUGCCAAGGAUGUCCACAUUUUGGGCAUGUUCUCAGAUUGGCCGGCCACCGUUACCUACUAUGCCAACUGCAUGGGGUUGUAG